AUGGAGAUUCCAAUGGAGAACCAGCACAGAGUCAGGGCUUGCAUGAUCUAUUUUGCAUUCGAUCAAGAGAAAGAAGCCACUCACCUAGUAAGCAUAGACUGGAGGAUCAGCGAAGCUCGCCUCCUAAUUAAGAAAGAGGAGAUGAACCACUAUGGCAUCCAAAACACCAUAGUUAGAGUGAGUUCCCUGAACUCGGAUGUCUUCGAUCGGAUGAAAUCGGUCAAAGUUUUUAGAAGAACCAUGAAGGAGCUUGAGAAAAACCAUAAACCUUCUAUUAUUGUUAUGAUGGAAACCAAAAUUGAUCUUAGCUCAAUGGGUUCAUUUUUUAACAAAUUGGGGUUUACUGCCUCUUCCCAUAUAGACCCUGUUGGUAAGAGUGGGGGCAUUUGGGUGCUUUGGGACCUUUUUAAGGCUACGGUGAAAGCCCUUGAGGUUAAUGCCCAAGUUAUCCAUGCAAAAAUUCAACGUGAUAACCAUGCCGAUUGGAUUCUAUCAGCGGUUUAUGCAAGCCCGAUUCCUAGAAACCAUGACCUUUUGUGGGCUAACCUUGAAUCUAUUGCUAAUAACAUGAACCUACCCUGGCUUGUGGCUGGGGAUUUCAAUGACAUAGCUUCUCAAGGGGAAAAAAGAAGUCUCAGCCCAACCUUCUCUCAUGCUCGAACUCGUAGGUUUAAUGCCAGAAUGAAUAGGUGUAAUCUGAUCGAUCUUGGGUGCUUUGGGCCCCAACUCACUUGGUCCAACGGAAGGCAAGGGCUAGCCAAUACAUUAGCGAGACUUAGCCGUGCUGUUAGCAACUCUGAAUGGCGUGUGGCUUUCACUGAAGGUGCAGUUUGUAAUCUACCAAGAACCUACUUUGACCACCCUCCUUUGAUAGUGUUCACGCAAGAUCUUGUGAGGGAUUAUAACAAUAUUUUGUGCCAAGAAGAGUUAUUGUGGUUUCAAAAGUCCAGGGCUAAUUGGAUCACCAUGGGUGAGAGGAAUAUGAGAUAUUUCUACAUCUCUACAACUGCUAAAAAGAUGAGGAUGAGAGUGGUUACUUUAAAAGAUUAUGAUGGUGGGUGGAUCUCUGACCCCAUUGACUUCAAAAACCAUGUUCAUAACUAUUUUUGUAACUUAUUUAAGAAAGGUACCAGUAUCACUCUGAGUUUUGGCCCUGACCCUCUACAUCCAAAAAUUAGUUUGGAAAAUAAUAGAUCCCUCAGCAAGCCUAUCUCUGGUAAGGAAGUGUGGGAAGCCAUUAAAAGUGUUAAAGCCUUUAAAGUCUCUGGUAAUGACGAUAUUCCAUCAUUCUUCUAUCAUAAGCACUGGGACAUCGUUGGACCUUUUGUUUGUAAGUUUAUUAAGAAUUGUUUUGCCAACAAACACAUUCCAGACAGCAUGAAUAAAAUUCUCCUCACCCUUAUACCUAAAGUUGAUAACCCUGAAUCAAUAACCCAAUUCCGCCCCAUUAGCCUUUGUAAUGUUCUCUACAAAACCCUUACCAAAGUUCUUGUUAAUAGACUUAGACCCUUGUCUCGGGAACUUGGGUACGAUUAG